UUUCCACUCUGUCGGCCUCUUGCGGGGCGCUCAGCGCCGGGGGUUUCGAACUUCCUGGGCUGGUUGGGAAUCGCGGCGCUUCCUCCCCGCCGGUAGAGCGCGCCCGAGGGACUGCGGCCGCCCCGGUCCCUCCGAGAGCCUCUGUCGGCUCCGCCAGCGCGGGUGGGGGUCGUGGCCAUGGCUCGGGGUGCCCGGUGGAGGCAGGGCCUUUUCUCCGUCCGGUGUGCGCUUCUCUUCAAAAGCUGCCACGACAAACACUGUGCCCUUUCUCCAGGGGAGAAACGUGUACGCAGUGGUGGAAAACGUCCGCGGGACCCUCUUCUCAGUGACCCGGCGAUUGCGGGCGUUCUGUUGUAAGUAUGCUGUAAUUUAAUAAAAGAAGUUCGAGAAAUGGAUCUAAGCAUUCUACUUCAUAAGGUUGAGCAAGAAAUACAGAAGUAGAAGAAAAUAUACUGAAUGAAUAAAAAUAAAACUAAUGAUGGAAAAAAGUAAUAAUAAGAAAAGAGAUGGCUAAAGAGUGAUGUUUGAUGAUUGAGAAAAAAUGUCUAUUGCUUAAUGAUGGAUAUUGUGAACUGGUUACCCAGACACUCCAGUAGUCAAAGAGAAAUUGAGAUCAACCUCUUAAUUUAAACUCAAAAGCUUCUCUGACGUGGUCUUCUGAGCAAGAAAUGGAAUAUUUUGGAAAUUCCCACUAUCAGAUUCACAAGAUGGCAGCCCUUGAUGUGAAUCAGGUGUGUGGUCAUCUUUCUUGGGACCCUUACUGUCUUCAUGAGGGGAAAAUUGAGGAGGCAAGGAUGGUGGCUGGGUUACUGAUGAAUUCUUCUCAGCACUUAGUGACCUUCGAGGAUGUGGCUGUGAACUUUACCCAGGAGGAGUGGACUUUGUUGGAUCAAACACAGAGAGAUCUCUACAGAGAUGUGAUGCUGGAGAACUACCAGAAUCUCAUUAUACUAGGAUACGAAUCAUGCAAACCUGAUCUCAACUCUUCAAUGGGAGGAGCAGAAGAGCUGAGGACAGGAGGGAGAGGAAUUCUGCAGGAAUUGGAUUUGCAGCUCAAAACCAAAGGUUCCACAUCCCUUCAAGAUAUUUCUUCGGAAAAAACAUCAAAUGGAAUACAGUUGGAGAGAAGCAAUGCUGGAGGGAAGCGAUAUGGCUCUCACCUGUAUGGAAGAGCAUUUAGUGGGCACUUAUUUAUGACUCACAGUAGACAGAAAACUUCUAAGGGUAAUCAGAAUGGGAAAGCCUUUAAAAAGAACUUUAUUUGUACUUUGCUCAAGGAAAUCCCUGUUGGGGAGAAAACUUCUGAGAGUGUUCAACAUGAUAAAGCCUUUUGUCAGCUUUCAAAUCUUACUGGGCACAAGAAAACUCAGACACAAGGGAAAGUAUGUGAAUGCAAAGACUGUCAGAGAACUUCUGUUGAUCAGUCAUCCCUUAAGAUACAUAUGAGACACCACACUGGAGAAAAACCAUAUGAAUGUAAAGAAUGUGGGAAAGCCUUCCCUCAUUCCUCAUACCUUACAGAUCAUAGACGAAUUCACAGUGGAAAAAAGCCGUAUGUAUGCAUGGAAUGUGGGAAAGCCUUUACUCGAUCUACAGGACUUAUUUUACACAUGCGAAUUCACACUGGAGAAAAACCAUAUGAAUGUAAGGAAUGUGGAAAAGCUUUUAUUCACUCUUCAUACCUUACAAAACAUGUAAGAAUUCACAGUGGAGAAAAGCCAUAUUUAUGUAAGGAGUGUGGGAAAACGUUCACUCGUUCCUCAGGACUUGUCUUACACGUGCGAACACACACUGGAGAGAAACCCUAUGUAUGUAAGGAAUGUGGGAAAGCCUUUAAUAAUUCUUCAAUGCUCAAUCAGCAUGUAAGGACACACACUGGAGAGAAGCCAUAUGAAUGCAAGCAAUGUGGGAAAGCUUUCACUCAGUCUUCAGGCCUUACCACACAUUUAAGAACUCACACUGGAGAGAAGGCCUAUGCGUGUAAAGAAUGUGGGAAAGCUUUUGCUCGUUCUACAAAUCUUAAUAUGCACAUGCGAACGCAUACUGGAGAAAAGCCCUACAAAUGUAAAGAAUGCGAGAAGGCCUUUAGAUACUCCACAUGCCUUAAUAUUCACAUGCGAACUCACACUGGAGAGAAACCAUAUGAAUGUAAGGAAUGUGGGAAAACCUUUGCUCAAUCUUCGGCACUUGCUAAACAUUUAAGAACUAAGGCAUGUGAAAAAACCUGUAAAUGUUCUUCAGACUUUAGUAUUCACAUCUAAACUCAUCUGGAUAAAGUACCUUAUGAAAGUAAAGAAUG